AUGCCACAUCCUUCACGAUGGAAGGAUCUUUUUGCAUUCUCGAAAGAGCAGGGCGCCCGAUACCGAUACUUUGUCGCGAACCGAGGUACUGUGCAGGGCAUAGUCAGCCAAUUAGGGCUCGAUGAGCGGGAGGCUCAAGGCAUCAAAACCACGAUUGUUGAAGCAUAUCCAGGACCAGGCACAUUUACGCGCGAGUUUCUUUUGCAUCCGAAUGUUGAGCGAGUCGUAUCCAUGGACAACGUGCCGAUGUUUCUCGAGCAGCUCGAGCAUUUGCGAGAGGAUCCGGCCUUGAAACAUGUGCAGCAUAAGCUCGGCAUCAUUCCUGAGUCUGGCUACGCAUGGGACUCGUACGAGAUGAUGGUCGAACAAGGACUGUUGCGCCAUCUGGAGGGCCGUGUACCUAAGCUGGGUCCCCAAGCACCGCCGAUGGAUUGGCACGCCACGUCGCCGAUUUUGUUUUUUGCACAGUUACCCAAUACUGUUCAUGGCGAGCAGCUGUUUGCCCAGAUCAUUAACGCAAUAUCGUCGCGUUUUUGGCUCUUCAAGUUUGGGCGUGUCAAGUUGGUGUUUGUGUGUGGCGAGACCGUAUCACUGCGGUCAUUGGCUACACCACAAGAGUCACGCACUCGGGCCAAGCUGGGUGCGACAGUCCAGUGCCUUAGCACGCCACGUCUGUUGCUGCCCGCACAUGAUCUGGAGCCAUACGCGGACCAUAUGUACCCACCUACACCGUCGGUUGGACCCCGUGUGCCGGUCACAUCCGUGUUUAUUCCGAACUCGAACAUAUCAACGGGGCUGCAGAAGCGCAAGCUGACCGUCUUGGAAAUUGAUCCUUUGCCAGAACCUCUAAUUGAUCAGCGUGACAUGGAUGCAUUCGAGUUUCUUACCCGCAAUAUGUUUGUGCUCAAGUCCAAAACUGUGCUAGAAGGGCUAAAACACGUCGUGCCAGGUGCGCACAAUGUGUUGCGCUUGGUAGCGCCUGAGCAUCCCCGAAUGAAAGAUCGACCCGACGAUGUCGUGUUGCCAACCACCCCAAUCGUUGAGUUGACGAAUCGUCAGUGGGCUUCAUUGGCCGAGGCGUUUGAAAAGUGGCCGUUCAGGCCGGAGGUGUUUGUCGACGAAGGCCGCGUUCGGCGCGGCUUGAGUGACUAUCUGUUUUAG